AUGUCAGACCCAAAGGGCUUGCUCAUCGAUAAUCAGUCUCGAUGCGUCCAUUGGAAUUCUCAACUAGACGUUGUCUGCUUUAAACUUAAAUGUUGCCAACACUACUAUGCCUGUCAUUCCUGCCACGACGCCCUGGAAUCCCAUCCGGUCCAGAAAUACAACAUCUCACAAGAUCCCUCCAGCCAUGUGGUCCUUUGCGGCGUUUGUAGAAACACCAUGAGUUUCAACCAGUAUCGUAGUAAAACGGCGUCCAUACGCGACCAAUCGCUCCAAUGUCCGUUUUGCUGUGCAUCCUUUAAUCCCAAUUGUAAACUACAUUACUCCAUCUAUUUCGAUAUAUAG